CCGCCCCAAGCGCCGCCCCAACAGCCGGCGGUGCCGCCCCGUGCGCGGUGCCGGGCGGCAGCGGGCGGCGGUGCCAUGCAGUCCCUCGCCCAGGAGAUCAGGAGUUUCUCCAGGGCCAACCUGCGGAAGCAGCGCACGCGGGUGACGACGCUGACGGGCCGGAGGGUCAUCGAGACGUGGCGGGGCGCGUGUCUGCAGGUGGAAGAGGUGGCGGAGGCGGUGCCCGGAGGCGGCUUCGUGCAGGACCUGAGCUGCGACCUGCAGGUCGGCGCCGCGCGGCCCUGGCUGCUGCUGGGGUCGCAGGAUGCCGCUCACGAUCUGGAGACCCUCAGGAAGCAUAAGGUUACACAUAUUCUAAAUGUGGCCUAUGGAGUCCAAAAUGCCUUCGUUAAUGACUUUAUAUACAAGACCAUACCUAUUUUGGACCUUCCAGAAACAGAUAUCACCUCCUACUUCCCAGAAUGUUUUGAGUUUAUUGAGAAAGCCAAGAUGCAGGAUGGCGUGGUCCUGGUCCACUGUAAUGCAGGAGUCUCCCGUGCAGCAGCGAUAGUCAUUGGUUUUCUGAUGAAUUCCGAAAGACUGAGUUUUGCUUCAGCCUUUUCCUUGGUAAAAGGUGCGAGGCCUUCUAUUUGUCCCAAUCCUGGCUUCAUGGAGCAGCUUCACAAGUACCAAGAACAGAAUAUAAAGGCGAAUGGAAGCAUAAACAAUCACGACUGAUGGAAAGGGAGAAGUGAAACAAUCUGUUCAGACUAUCCAGUACCAGAUGUUGGAUAUACUUUAAUCUCUCAUUUUGCAGUCCUUUUUCACAGGUGCACUUUAAAAUCUUUCUCUACAUGUUUAUGUUCACCCUUACACUCCCAUUCUUCAGCAUCUGGUGUAGAGGCCAAAUGGUGCUCCACUGACUUCACAGAUGUUUGACCCAAGAGAACAUUCUUCCUAGGGCAAUGAAAAAAGAUACUUUUCUUGCUGUGGUGAUCAAAAAAAUCAGAAUGAUUUUUUUUUUACUUAAAUGCCAGAGAAUGCAGUCAAUACAGAGAGGAAAUAAAAAGGCAACUGGGAUUUUAACAUUGCCCUGCUUAUUUUCAUGCUAAACCAAGCCUUUACAUGUUCUAGCUGGUUGUAACACCUAGAUAAGAUGUUAAUAUAAGGAAGUACCUUGCUUUUGGGUCUGAAAUCAGUGUUAAAAGUAAGGAGGCUUUUAUUGAAUUUUAUGGGCUAGCCAGCCACUAAAUAAAUAUAUAAGAUAUGAAGCAGCCCAUUGAUGGAAAUAACAGGGUGCAGGAUGCUUUAAUGCUGCACUUCUUUCUCCUGUGUCCCAUCAAGCACAGUAACAUCAUGUUUUGCAAGUGCUAGGAAACAAGCUGUCAGGGUUUUGUUGUUGAUGGGUUUUUAGAUGGUUUCAGAGCUGAUAUGUUGUUACAAACAUUCUCCUUAUCCCAGACUCUCUGCGUUCAGUCCCCUCCAUUGAUGCCCCCUCACUCCAUUCCACACAGUGUAUAUAGAGCACACAUCAUAGGAGAGGUUCCUGGUUUCUUGUCACUUUGCUGACAGAUGAACUGUUGUAAGAUGGUGUGGUUAGAGGAA